GGUCAUUGCCCUUCAUGCUGACUGGCACUCCUUGUGACAAACUGUGCUGCAGAAGUUUCACACAGCGACAGGAAGACUAGGUUGUCUGGGCGUCAGUGGAGAACCCUAAAGGGCCCAGGUGCCCUUGGAUGGGGACGGUCCCCAACAGUGGAGCUUGGCGAUAAAACGAGAGUGUGCUGACUAGUGAAACGGGGCCCAAGUAGAUUGUCACAUUGUUGUGCAAAUGAAGACCCAUCAGACGGCUUUAAAGUGCAUCCAUCUGAAUUAAAGCCAACACGAUGGCGGAUUUCAAAGACACGACGAAUCGGCACCUACGACAUAAGCUGCAGAGCCUCAGCCGGCGUCUCGAUGAGCUGGAGGAGGCAGCCAGCAAGCUCCAGAAGUCUGAGGAUGAGCUGCUGGACCUGCAGGAUAAGAUCAUUCAGUCUGAGGGCAGUAGCUCGGCCCUUCUGAAUGACGUUGAUGCUCUUCGCAAGCGGGUGCUGAAGAUUGAGGGGAAGGAUGAGGAGGUGCGCAAGGCCGAGGACCUCUGCCGACUUGUUGGUGAAAAGCUGGAAGCAGAGGAGAACCUCACCAAAAACCUCAAGUCUGAGACUGAGCAACUGCAGAGGCGAAUGUCUGAGCUAGAGAAGCUCGAGGAGGCCUUCAGCAAGAGCAAAUUGGACUGCACUCAACUCUGCCUCAGCCUCAAUGAGGAGAAGAAUCUGACUAAGAAGCUCUCCUCUGAGCUGGAGGCCCUCAAGGCACGAAUAAAGGAGGUGGAUUCUUCUGAGAGUCGCCUGGACAAGGCAGAACAAGCCCUCACUGUGGAGCUGGAGAAGCUCAAGACCCUUACUCAGGCCUUCGUGAGUGAGAGGAAGAGGUUGCUGGAGAAGCAGCGGGAGGAUGAGAAAUUGAUCCUUGAGCUUACGGAGAAACUUGAGAACAACAACAGGGUCAACUCUGCCAACCAGAGCAGGAACACUUCCAUUCUUCAGGAGCAGCCCACAGAUACUGGUGACCCUCGCAUUGAGGAUGACCUGUCUCCAGGCUUGACUAGCAAACUUAGCCUUCAGAAGAAGAGCUUUGACUUGCUAAAACUCUCUGAUGAUGUUAGCCUGAGAAAUAAAUCAGAGAAUGAGAAGAACAGUUCAGAGAACCAGGAAGAUAAUAAACUUAAAGAUUUGUUGCAAGAAAAUGAGAAGCUGAAAAACAUUGAUACUGAGAGGCUCCAGAAGUUAGAGGCACUACAGGAGGAUCUUAAGAGGACUGAGUACAAAAAUGAAGAACUACUGGAGAAGGUUCAGCAGGAGAAGAAUCGUAGCAAGGCCCUGAAUGACCAAGUGGAACAGCUGAAAAUGCAGCUCAGUACAUAUGCUGGAGGUGUUGAAGACCGGGUGCUUGAAAAUGGAAAGGCAGAGAAUGAGGAGAUCAACGUGCGGGGAGGGUUUAGGCAAGAAAAACCCAAAUACAGGAGUCUAGCUGAGUCUUCAGUCUCUAGGCACAAAAUCAGAGAAGUUUCACCACAGCAGAGAAAAGAGAAACCACUGAGGACCCAGGACUUGUUUGAGAGCUCCCCUAAAACCUCAAAGCGGGCCCUUAGUCCUGCACAUAAGCUCAAGAAAUCACAGAGAACGAAUCCCUCCAGUGAUUUUGGGAUGAGGGGGAGGACUCCUGAGGAGAAAAGUCCAAGUGGGACCUUGACCUCUACUGGUGUGUCAUUGAGUGACUGUAGGAAGCCUUCAGUGCUUAGCCGCUACCCUCCAGCAGCUAAUGACCAGAAACCCUGGAAGUCUGUGAAACCAAAUGAGAAUGAUAAAAGGGGCCAGGCUGACAAAUUAUCAAGACAUGGCAAUAAUAAUUCCAGCAGUUCAGAUGUGUUGCUAGAAGAGUCACGGAAGGUGUCAAGCACACCCCCGCCUGAAAGGGAACUUUUGGAACAAUCACAGGACCCUACAGUCACCUCCAGCCCCUCCAAAGCUAAUGGACCCUAUACUGCUUACACGCCACGUGUAUCACAGCUGUUGCCAAGUGACCAGGGGUCUGAGGGCCAUUCGUCAGCCUCAGAAACUGAGUCCACAGGGUCUAGGCGCUCAGCAGGAGAGGGAGAGCCCGCUCCUGAUGUAACUGUGAUGAGUGGCAGGACCACUACUUCUAAGUACUCCAGGCACGCACGCUUGCAGGAGUCUCGGUCUGGGGGCUCAUCCACAAGAAGUUCCUUUGAAGACGAUCAAAGUAGAUCCUUGGUGGCAGAGACUAACUCCCAGGAACUGACGCACACUCCUUCGGGCAUUGAAAUUCGCCGAGUGUGUAGCCCACGGGAGGCACUGAUGUCGAAGGCAGAAAUCAAGCCGGCCAUUGUAGAGAUCGACAAGAAGGAGCUGAUGGUGUCUGUUGGCAGGGCAGAGCCUCUGCCGUCCAGUGGAAAGCCUAAAAUCUCCUCCAAGCCUUCCAUGCCUAGCAAGAUGACCAGCAGUAUCACAAUUUACCCCAGCGAUCCCAGCUGCUCUCGGAGCAAUAGUAGGAGCAGCAGUGUGUCAAGCGAACCAGCUAGAGAGAGGCACACAAGCAACAUCGUUAUAACCCCCAGUGAGCAUCGUGGCAGCAUCUCUAUCCCCUAUGAGAUCUCCAUCCCUAAGAGUGAGAUCACCCUUCGGCCUCCAUUGGACAACGAAGACUGUGAACCAGCUCGUUCAGAAGCCCAGAUUGUACCUCAGCGUAGCUUCACUUGGAAGUCAUCGGAGAAGGCACCAGAUGUCAACAAUGACACAGAGUCUGGGUUUGAGAGCAGCAGCAGUACCGGCACCAACACUACAGUGUCAAGCUGGAGGUCCCACCCACCUCAUGGGUUGCGGGAUGAUUCUCUUCCUGAAAUGAAGAAUGUGACUGUGAGGAGCACGUGGAAGAAGAAGGGAGUGGCUUCGGUGGACAGCAGUGGUUCAGGAACCAGGGUGGAUGGGUCUGAGGAAGAAGCGGAGUCUGCAACCACGUGGCGAGCAUAUCGGGCCACUACGGUACUGGAUGUAGAAGAUGCAGUGACUGCCAACCCCAGCGCCGCAACCACUGGAGUAGCAUCACGGACAGGCAAGCCAAGCCCCGCUGAGGUCUACAUGCGCAAGAUCAACAGUACAGCAGCCAGCAAGGAUGUCCCCGAGCCCAUCCGGAGGAGCCGCAGCUCACUCUCCCCCACCGAGGGGCUGAAGAAGGGUGUCCCCCAUGAGCCGGUUACCGCUCAGGAGUUACAGCCCUGGCACAGAGCACAGUCCCCGGUAAGUAUAGCGGCCUGGCCUGCAAGAGCGCCCAUGUAACCCCAGGCAUGAAUAAUUCAAAACAAUUCCAUUUUGAGGUUUCAGCAGGAACACUUGCAGCGCGUCUAACUGCAGUGGUGUUAUAGAAGGCUGGUCAGCCUUCUUAGAUAUCAGGCUUCUGGUAAGGUGAACCCGGUGGGGUGAAUCUGAUGAGAAAGGGGGGUGAGGGAAUCUGUUUUCUGGGUUACAGAGGAGUGGUCUGACAGGAAUAGCUGAAACUUAGAUCUGCUCUUCAUACAUCAACAAUGACUGCAUAAAGUGGUAGUAUUUACAUACAUUUCUGAUCUGAUAUUUUGUGAGAGCCCACAUCCCCCCCCCCACCACACACACCCCAAUACUCCAGUAGGGAUAAAAACACAGCAAAAUAUAAACUGCAGUCUGAGGGAGGGGCUGUCAGUGGAUCUGGAAGCACAUUUGAUGGAUCCUCUUGUAACCCAGGAUGGAGAAGUAGCUGGAGAGCAUCUGCAGUCUGCAGCCAGGUCCACAAAGAGCUCCUUUGGUUCUGUGGGAAAGUGCGGCCAACUGGGCCAAAGGCGAGAAAUGGCAGCCCAAAUUUUGGGGCUGUAGGUCUGGCUGCAUUAAUUAGUGCACCAUCCCAAGCCUCCAGAGUGUGUCACUGCACCCGCUGGCUCGCCACGAUGACUCUGGAGUCCGUGAUUUAGUGGGUUACCUGACCAGGUGCUGUUGCCCCGCCCUCUGAGCGGGAGGAAAUGAGUUGAAGAUGUGACUUUGGGUCUGUCAUGCCAUGGCUUGUCUCCCCUAGACUGUGGCAUGCUGGUAUUUCUUAUUCCAAGAGCGCAAUUCCAGGGAAGUCAGACCGAGCCUAAAAACAGCAGUGAAAAUGAAAAGUCUACAGCAGUGGUUCCCAAACUGGGGGGGCGCGCCCCUCUAGAGGGGCACAGAGUUAUUGCGGAGGGGCGCACCAAUGGGAUAGCCUCAGGGGCAUGUGCCACCCUAACAUAAUCUCUUCACAGACUGGACGAUUAACCAAAUAAA